AUGGCCACCUCCUCGCAAGUCGAUUCCCUUCCGAACGGAUGGACGCAUGCUGAACUGGCAGAGCUUGAGGAGACGCUGGCCACAGAGACUGCAGCCGAUCCAGGUGCAUUGACCUCAGACCCCAGACCUUGGCGUUGUUUGAGAUGUCACUCAAGUCAUUGGGCCCCGUUGGAUAACGACACCUAUACAUGCCUGGUCUGCGAUUCUCGAGUGUUCUAUGACUCUUCGGAACCUCGAAGGCACCAGACCUCUGAUGGUGUUUGGAUGUACGUUCCUGCGGCGCGGUCCGAUGGCUCUCCCAAUGAGGAUCCGCCCCCAUUUGCUUCCCGGAGGCAGUCCGAGGAUAGCGAGCCGCUGACCCGGCACGGGAAACAGGUGAGAGCGAGAAUCCAACACAUGAUCCUUCGGUGGACACCUCGGUUGACUAUGUUUGGCCCCAAGGCCUUGGUUCCGAGUUGUCGGCCGCCAGUUCAAGACGUCAACGAAGGAGAAACCGAUCCACUGCGCAAGAAGUACCUAGCAAUCCAUCGCCUUCAGGGAGUUGGCAAGAGUUCAGACGACUCGGAGCUCCUCAAGGUGAUGAAGCAGUUGCUUGAGGAGCGCAAGAACGACAAGUCCUCGCAGAGCAGUUGGGACACCCGUAAGGGACCGUCGCCUGGCAUAAAGUGGAAGGGUGGAACACCACCAAAUCCACCCAAGUGGAACUACAGCUCCUCGGACCUCCGUGCCUUCUCCAAGUUCGAGCGUCGGGUCAACGUUUGGAGAUUACAGGCCGAGGCAGAAAGUGAACACAUGGAGCUGUCGAGAGUGAAUGACAAGAACGGCGUGGACUACAUUCUUUCGUGCUUGAAGGGGCCGCUUGAGCACAAAGUUUUGUAUCAGAAGCGUGCAUUGCUUGCAAACUAUGAAGUUGUUGCCCGCACUGCAAACGAAACGAUUCGACAGUACAUCAAUCGAUACAAACGGAUUGAACGUGAUUUGCGAGCAGUUGGCAUACAGACAGGUGCAAUGUAUGACUCAGAGUCGAGGGGAAAUAGGAUCCUUGAGCGUUGUAAGUUGGAACCUUCAUUGGCCCGUUUGGUUUUGAUUGGUGCACACAACAGCUUGGAUUUUGAUGCUAUUGUUGAAAGUUUGCAGCUACAAUUCCCCGACUUUAAGACCACGCCAGCAGUGUUUCAUCAGCAUCAGCCUCCAUGGAAGCAGCCACAGACGUUCAAGUCUAGUGGAAAGUCUUACAGUUCCACAUCCGCCUCCACCGCCACGAGCUCAAGCUCAACGGUGCCGUCAUCGGCAUCAGCCUACAACCGCAACAAAGGCAAAGGAGGGUAUCCACCUCGCAAGGUCUUCCAGGCCGAGCACGAAACCGUGCAUGAAGCUGAAAACGAAGACGAGCUCGCUACGGCCGACAUGGCCGCCGAGGACGAAGAGUUCUUCGAGCCCGAGGAAAGCCCCGAUGCCUCGCCGUCAGUCGACCCUGAUCCGGACCAGGAAGAUGACGAUGAUUUGGGUGCUUCGCUAAGCGAAUUGGCAUCCGUGCUCACGGUCACUUCCAACAAGUUGAAAGCAGCUACAUUGGGUCGAAAGUUCACAGGACGCAAGUCCAUACAAGAGAGGAAGCGCACAAGCAGUUGUUCAGCUUGCGGUGCCAUCGGCCAUUGGGCUGGUGACACCGAGUGUCCAGUCUCGGCCAAAGGCCCUGGCAAAGGAGGAAAAGGCAAGAGCAAGACUGCAACUGGGGGGAACCAAUCCUCGACUUCCUCGUCCACCUUCCCUAAGAAGACGUUCGUGGUGACCUAUGGGGAUGAACAACCACAAGAUCCACAAGAUCCCUUCUACACCUUCCCGGCCAUCCUCAUGGUAGAUGUUCCGGAUGCCCCCUUCGUUUAUGUCACCGAGACCAUUGACCUAGCUGGCUAUAUGGUGUUGGACACGGCAUGCCAACGGUCAUGUGCUGGGAGCCGGUGGAUGGGUACACAUAUGAAGUUGUGGGAAACGAUGGGUUGCAAUGUCAUCAAGUACCAUGCGACGAUCGAUUCCAGUUCGGUGCAGGUGCAUGCCAGCAAGCAGACAUGGCUCAGCAGCAUGGGUUUGCUCGAGCUGCAGGAGAAGCAUCGUGCACAGAUGCAGAGGACCACGGUGUCACAGAGGGAUUGCACUCACCCCGAGUUCCAGCGAUACGGCAACCUCCACGGCUCCAAGAGACCCAUGAUCCACGACCUGACGAUGAACGACUAUCAGGGAUCGGGGUACACUCGAGAGGAGUUUCAGAGCAUCAUGGAAUGCUACGAGGAAAGGGGGCCGACCUCAGACAAUCCGGAUCAGUAUCACUCCGAUCUGGAGACGCCCAUCGACUAUGCAACCGGAUGGGACCUUCAGAAGACCGCACACCAGCAAGAAGUCGAGUGGCAACUGGACCAACUCAAGCCCUUGAUCCUCAUCCAGGGGAUCGAUUGCCGCGACUGGUGCAUCCUUCAAGACAACACCAACUAUGUCAGGAGGAAGAUUCUUUUGCUCAUGCGUCGGGCUAAGGCACGCAGACUGUUGAAGAAGGUCUGCCAAUGGUGCCGCAAGCAAGUGGAUGAAGGACGCCUGUUCCUGCUGGAAAAUCCCACUACCAGUCGGAUCUGGUUCGAGCCUGUCAUGAUCAGCCUGCUCAACCUUCCCGGUGUGACCACCACAACCUGUCAUGCCGGAUCAUACGGAGCCCAGGACUCGAAGGGCAACAUGAUCAGGAAGGGGCACAGGUUCAUGGGCAACUGCCCUCAUGUACUGGCACGCCUGAGCCGCAAGCUCACACCAGACCAGCAGAAGCAAUGUGUACCACUCCAAGGCAAGGAAACCACCUUGUCACAGCACUACCCACCAGAGAUGGUCGCCGAGAUCCCCAGGGGCGUGCGAGAAGAGGUACACCACCGACAUCCAGAUCGACAGCACCAGCCCCGUACCUUUUUCACCACGUUCAUGGUCACAGCAAUUGACCAAUGGGCAGAAGCACUCCAGAUGGCUGACAGCACGUUCCAAGUCACUCGAUACAAGUCCUUCACGCUGCCUACCUCAGACCCCCUCUUUCGCAAGACCUUGGAGUGGAUGUCAUGGAAGAAGAUCUUCAAGAACUACGUCACCCAAAGGCCCGCUCCAAGUGGCGUGAUGGCCGACGAUGGAGCUUCCCAAUUCGCCGACAGAGUCCAGAUGGACAUCUUCUACUUCAGAGAUCUGACAGGAGCAAACCAUAUGAUCCUUGGGGUCAUUUGUGAAGUCACUCACCUUCACUUGGCCUUCCUCCUCCAGAACCGCUCACUGGAGGAGAUCACCCGCUGCUUCACCGUAGGUUGGGCCAGGGCAUUUGGCUUUCCACUCCGGAUCAGAACAGAUCCAGAUGGCUCAUUCCGAGCCGCCUUCGAAGCAGCUAUGGAUGAAGCCGGUGUCUACAUGGACUAUGUUCCGGCAGAAGCACACAACAAGAUAGGCGUGGAGCUCUUGAGCGGCCCACACGGCCUUGUGACAGGCCAAACAAGAGCACAAGCACAACAGCUCGCAGACACUUUGCGGGUCGAGGCGCAACAACAGAUAGCUGCCAUGUCAGUUGACAGCACUUUCCGGCGGGCACUCCUCCGGAACACAGCACCGACAGAGCAAGACAUCCCAGAAGUUGGCAGCAUCGUCGCCUACUGGCGUUGGACCGCCAGGAGCGGCAAGAAACGAGGCGGGUACAAACUCGCAAGGUUGCUCGGCCGCGACCCAGACGGCAAAAGCAUGUGGGUUCAAGCAGGAACCAACACUGUCAGAGUCGCCCCUCACCAACUGCGGGUGGCUCGUGGCUUUGAGAACUGGAGCCCCGACUACCAGCAGAUCAAGGCCCUCAGACAAGCCUCACACAAUUUGGACGACAACAAUAUCCAGGAUGACACAGUUCCAGCACCACCGGAACAACUGGAUGAUCCAGACCAACCACUCGGGAACGAUGACCACGAGCUCAUUCCCGGCAGCAGCGGAUUGGCAACGACACCUACAUCCUCCAUGGAUACCAGAACAUGGCAAAGGCAGCCAACACCACAGGCACUGGCCUUCACGUUUGGGCCAGACUUGACGCAGCAUCACAUUGCCUCCAGACCACCCAUUUUGCGGGUCGUAUGGGACGCUCCGUACGACAGCGAUCAAGAUGGUCGCGCAAUUCUCCCAGAGCGCACAAACCUGAUCACAGGGCUAUGGCAUGAACCUUAUGCAGCACAUCUCUCCUCACUGGAAACAACUCCAGACGGCAUCCAGUUCAGAGACCACUACCAGGAUGGCAGUGAACCCGUGAAGAUGCCAUAUGCUUGCCACUAUGCCUUUCAGGCAUACCGGGCAGCCCCAGGCUACACUGGCACCGGUGAGUCUAGCGACUCCGAAGCCUCAGCCGAUGACAUGACGGCUGGACAUCAGGGCACCACCAAGACCCUGACACGCCAGGAACAAAAGGCCCUGGACAAAGAAGUCCCUUGGCAAGCAAUACUGGAGAUGAACCAAGAAGAUCUCGACAAGUAUGUCGAUUCGGCAAAGGCCGAAGAGACCUCCUGGCAACAGUUCAACAGCGUGAUCCCUCUCACGACCCAGGAGGCAUCUCUCAAGAAGAGGAUCUUGCGGUCAAGAGCCGCGUACAGAGACAAGGCAAAGGGACAAGGCCCGCUCAAGGCCAAGACACGGGUCGUCGCCUUGGGUCAUCCCGACCCUGACUUGAAGGAGCUUUGCCGCGCGAGCGCUACACCAACGCGCCAAAGUGAGUACAUGUUGUAUGCGAUCUUCAUUGCAGGCCACAACAACAUGUUCCUUGAUGGCCGCGACAAAUGGCAGCUAUGGUGCGGCGACAUCAAAACCGCAUUCCUGCAGGGGACGCCAGAUCCUCGUCGUCUUCCGCUGUACAUGCUUCCACCUCAAGAUGGGGUAACCAAGCUUGCAGGAACAUUUCGUUCACCGCUCUACAAGAUCGUUGGAAACAUCUAUGGCCUUGCAAGCGCCCCCAGGACAUGGUCGUUGCACGUUGUCAAGGAGCUCACCACAAAAGCCGGAUUCCGCCAGCACUCGCUGGACAAGAUGCUGUUCUAUUUGUGGGAGCGCCUGCCUGGAGAUGAGCAUGAGUCGUUGGCAGAAGUUUUGGUUGCAUACGUUGACGACUUCCUCCUCACCCACAAUGAGCGAAGUCAAGAUGCCCUCACGGAACAACAGAGCUUGGUGUUCAAAGGAAAAGAAGUCAGCCGGAAACGCCAAGGUGGGGUUUGCUACUUGGCCCUGACCCAGUCCAAGUUCAUCGCUGGCAUGAAAGUUGGCAAUGUCGCACGCAAGAAGCGACUGGAUCAGGUCAUCCAACCGGAAGACAUGCCAGAGUUUCGCUCCGUUGCAGGAUGUCUGCAGUGGCUUGCAGGUCAAUGUCGACCAGAGGUGGCAUCAACAGUUUCGUUGUGCAGCCGCGGAACAAAGUCCACCUAUAAGGACUUGCAAUGCCUGUAUGAUGCAGUACAGUUGCUCCAUGCCUCACCAAACAACGGCAUCAACAUGUGGCCAGUUCCAGUCCACCAGCAUAGUUUGCUGGUCAGCUUCUCUGACAGCCCUUGGGCCAACGCUGAAGGCUCAGCUAGCCAGCAUGGCAACUUGGUCCUCAUCGCCGAUCCCAAGAUCACCGACACCACAGGGACGGGAUUGCUGAUAGAUUGGAAGUCAAGCCGCAGCAGCCGAGUUUGCAGGAGCACCCUUUCGGCAGAAGCAAGUGCAUGUGACAUUGGAAUUGAUCGAGCCGCCUUUCUUUCAUUCCUGCUGUCCGAGAUGAUUUUCUGCUGCCCCUCGUUCAAGCUGACCCGGACACUUCGCAUCAUCGGUGUCACGGACUGCAGAUCGUUGUACGACGUUUUGGUCAGCGAGAAUCCUCGCACGGAGGACAAAAGGACCGUAGUGGUCAUCAGAGCAAUCCAGCAAUAUCUGCAAAGGCCUGACGUUCACUGGGUUCCGACGCGCCUCCAAUGGGCAGACAGCUUGACAAAGUUGAGUGACAAGCUGGUCACCACUUUCAUGCAAUGGCUUGAAAAGCCAUGGAUCCAGCUGAGGGAGACGGUCACGCAGACACAUCAAGCUCAACAGAAUACCAUGAGUGUGAAGUUUGAGCGUGACAUGUCUAGGAACCGUAUGCACAUGAGCUGAUGUGUCCGCUGCCAUUUCCCGUUCAGGUGCGCACUGAGCCUCGUUCGCCUUUUGUGAUAAGGCGCCGUCCUUUCACACCCCCAUGUGACACGACACCCCGUCGCACGUGUUGUGUUCAGACUCAUAUCGUAUGAGUGCACGGCUCGUGCUAGCAAAGCGCCAAAAAUACAUGCGCACCACUUAUCAAGAAAACAUCAGGUCGUUGCGCACAGCUCUGCCGCAUUGCGGAAUUGUGGGGCAGUUUAUUGACUCGUCACCAAUCGCCC